CAGCACUUGAACCAGGAAAUUGUCCCCUACACUUUCCAAAAACUGCCAGGAUUGUCUAUGUACUGCUGCAUUGCUCUCCCAGCAGAUAUCAGGGUGAUUAAAGUCUCCCAUGAGAACCAGGGCUGUGAUCUAGUAACUUCUGUUAGUUGCCGGAAGAAACCUCGUCCACCUCAUCCCCCUGGUCUGGUGGUCUGUAGCAGACUCCCACCACAACAUCACCCUUGUUGCUCACACUUCUAAACUUAAUCCAGAGACUGUCAGGUUUUUCUGCAGUUUCAUACCGGAGCUCCUCACCAGUUGUUUGGCAGGGAUCUUCUCAAAAUACACCAGCCUGAACGGUCUCAGCACCAUUCCCCUUUAAGAACUCCCUGGGUCACUUCCUACCAUAUUCUCAGAUUCUUUCAGGUCCGUGGUGUCCUUGACUUCCCCUCUGCAGUGCAGCUGGGGGUGUGUGGCCUCCGCAUCUCAGGGUGCGAGCCUCUUUUCUGCUGGAGAGAGCAACAAGCCUCCUUCCCCUCUGAUGGUCCCCACCGACUGAGCAGCUCUGCAGGUUUUUAUACCUGACUUCCAGGUGGAGCAUGCCAGGGUGUGGCUUCCUCUGUUAGGAGGGAUGGAUUAACCCCCGCUGUACCAGUUUGGGGCCAAUCCGCCCUGUCACAGCGCCGGAUUGGACACCUGAAGUUCUUUCAUUCUGAGAUGCAGUGCGUGCUGUGGCUAUAUCACUGUUCUCCAAGUGCCUGGCUGACCUUUUGAGAGAGAGCCAUUGUGCUCUGCUACUGGGCCUAUUUUGAGCAGAAGGCAUUGAACUAUUCCACAUUCUUCUGAAGUGGGUGAUAUGGACUCCCUGUUUGCUAGGGACUGAAAAGAAGAGCAGAUUCUUUUUGGGUCUGAGUUUGAAGAGGUACAGAAGAAUGUAGGAUUUUGUCUCAGCCAAAGCUUUGUGAUUUCAUUUGCUGGGUGAUCAUGGAUUGGAGUGCUGUAAGGAGACUGAAUACUACAGCUGAUCUUAUUUGCCAACAACGGGGUUUGUAAAACAUGUCUGUAUGUAUUUGUUUUUAAAAAAGCUGUCAUAGGAUUAUUUUUGUAGCAAACUUCUUAUAGAUUUUUACGGCCAGAAGGGAUCUCCUGUAUAAUCCAGGUCCUAGGCUUUCACCCAUCAUUCCUGGAGUGGAGGGAGUCAUUUCCCUGGCUGUGUGAGUGAACGCUGUGGAGGAUAUCUCUUAGAAAGUUAUGGUCACAACUUUUUUUUCAAACCAUUCUUGUUGGAAUAUUGUUGAAAAUGUAUUCUGUUUCCUUUAUAAAAAUGCAUUGAAAAGUAAACUGCUUUGCAAGUUUCUGUGGCAGCUGUGAAAUCAGCUUGGGCUCUGGUUUCACACUUUGUGGUUCACACUCUUGCAGCCAAGUUGCAGUCCCCUCUAAUGAAGCGUUAACUCCAGUGAGAAUCUCACUGUUUUUUUAAACACAGUGACGCCUCAUGGGUUUCUGUACAAUUUUAUGCAGAAUUGCUGAUUAAUACCAUUAAAAUUAUAAUUACAUAUGUGUGUAUCUAUAGAUACAUACACACCCCACCACAUAUGGCUGAAAGUCCAUCUCAAUAGGUGGGUAAAUAAAGUUUCUGAUUUAUGUAACUGGGGCUACUUAUUAAACCAUAUCUCCUUUUCCCAAGUGAAAUAUGUGGUUGUCUUCUGAGUAUAAAUCAUCUUCAAAGACAGACUCAUUGUUUAACAAAACUGGAAUGCUUAGGACAGCCUACAAAGUGAUUACACAGUUGCUUCUAGAGACAGCAGACUGAGUAAAAGUGAAGGAUAUGCUUGGAAGGUUGUAUAGGGAAUUUCUCCUUUGUUAAAUGCCUGUACUGUAGGGGCUUUGUAGUUGAAUGCAAGAGACCGGUUUAUGGCACAAGUCUGUCUUUGAUUAGAAAUAUUCUGUUCUUGUUCUUGUAAGUACUUACAGUCUGCCACGUGUUGUGUUCCCCCCCCCCCCCCCAACCUGCAGGGGGGAAUAGGAAGGUGAAUUGUGUGUGUCCUCCUAGCAGCCUUCAAUUAAACUCAGACUGCUAUAGAUCAAACAACAGGACAGAUGGAUAAUGGAGACUGGGGAUAUAUGAUGACUGAUCCAGUCACAAUAAAUGUGGGUGGACACUUGUAUACAACAUCCCUCACCACUCUAACAAGAUAUCCCGAUUCAAUGCUUGGGGCCAUGUUCGGUGGAGACUUCCCCACUGCCCGGGACUCUCAGGGCAAUUACUUCAUUGACCGAGAUGGACCACUUUUCCGGUAUGUUCUUAACUUUUUACGGACUUCAGAGUUGACUUUGCCCCUGGACUUCAAGGAAUUUGACUUGCUUCGAAAAGAAGCAGAUUUUUAUCAGAUUGAACCCCUAAUCCAGUGUCUUAAUGACCCCAAGCCUUUGUAUCCUGUGGAUACCUUUGAGGAAGUAGUGGAGUUGUCCAGCACACGGAAACUUUCCAAAUAUUCCAAUCCAGUGGCAGUAAUCAUAACACAGUUAACCAUUACAACUAAGGUCCAUUCGUUACUGGAAGGCAUUUCAAACCACUUUACCAAGUGGAAUAAGCACAUGAUGGACACAAGAGACUGCCAAGUUUCCUUUACUUUUGGGCCAUGUGAUUACCACCAGGAAGUUUCCCUCAGAGUCCAUCUGAUGGAGUACAUUACAAAACAAGGUUUCACUAUCAGAAAUACAAGAGUUCACCAUAUGAGCGAGCGGGCCAAUGAAAAUACAGUGGAGCACAACUGGACUUUCUGUAGACUGGCACGGAAAACGGAUGACUGAUGUAUGACACCACAGAUGCCAUUUCAGUGGUUACAUGCAACUUCCGGGAACAGCAUACCUGAGAGAAUCUGCUUUUCACUAAAGCAACAGCAUGGGCUUUUUUUAUGAGACUAUUUAUUAAUAACUAUUAAGGACUGGAGAAGUUACAUGCUCUAGCAGAUCUGUUUUUUGUCUUGUCCAGAAAAAGAUAUGCAUGUGCCUGUUCACACUGUUAAGGCACCUUUUUUUAAAGAGGGAGUCUUAAAAAUCAGUAUGGUAGGAAAUUUUAUGUCAGCUCUUUCGACCUAAAGUGCUAAAUUCACUUAUUUAAAUGGUCUCUAAUCCAUUUAAUGCUAAAACACUGGGAGUAAAGAACAAACAGGAUUUAAGAUGCAGAUGGGGGAAAUGCUAGCAUCAUGUAAACUAACCCAGUUUCUAAAUCAUUAAACAGUAUUGUAAUAUUUUAGGAAAACAAAUCCUACCCUUUUAAAGUACUUGUUAAGUACGGCUUUUUACAGUUAUUACAACUGUUUUUCUAUGCAUAUAAAUCAAGCAACCAAAUAUUAUCUGUAGCCAUGAAAAUGUGAGUAGAAAUAUUUAUACGGGAUUCUGAAUGCAAAAUAUCCCUGUGGUAGAAUUCAUACUUUUAAUGCCUGGUGCAAUAUUAUUCCCAAAUGUAAUGCCUGCCAGCAAGAAGCUAAUAAAAUGUCAA